GUGCAUUGGAUUGUUGAAUUUUGGUCUCCGCUAGAAUUCGAAUUGAUAUGCUGUACAUAUAAAUCUGUAGGAGCCAUCUCGCCAAUCAAUUAAUAAAUAAAAGUAGCAAACACUAAGCAACAAUGGAUCGUCCACAGAAAAUGCCCAAGGUGGCCAAGGUGAAGAAUAAGGCGCCAGCCGAGGUGCAAAUUACGGCAGAACAGUUGCUGCGCGAGGCGAAGGAGCGUGACUUGGAGAUUCUGCCACCGCCGCCGAAACAAAAGAUUUCCGAUCCAGCAGAAUUAGCCGAUUACCAGCAGCGCAAACGCAAAACAUUUGAGGAUAAUCUGCGCAAGAAUCGCAUGGUCGUCAGUCACUGGAUCAAAUACGCACAAUGGGAGGAGCAACAGCAGGAGAUUCAUCGUGCCCGCUCCAUCUGGGAGCGUGCGCUGGACAACGAGCAUCGCAAUGUGACGCUGUGGCUGAAAUACGCUGAAAUGGAAAUGAAGAACAAACAGGUGAACCAUGCUCGCAAUCUGUGGGAUCGCGCUGUGACCAUAAUGCCGCGGGUCAAUCAGUUCUGGUACAAGUACACCUACAUGGAGGAGAUGCUGGAAAAUGUGGCGGGAGCACGACAGGUAUUCGAGCGUUGGAUGGAAUGGCAACCCGAGGAGCAGGCGUGGCAGACGUAUGUGAACUUUGAGUUGCGCUAUAAGGAGAUCGAUCGGGCACGGGAGAUCUACGAGCGCUUUGUAUACGUGCAUCCCGACGUGAAGAACUGGAUCAAGUUCGCACGCUUCGAGGAAACGCAUGGCUUCAUCCAUGGCGCUCGACGUGUCUUUGAACGCGCGGUGGAAUUCUUUGGCGACGAUUACAUCGAGGAGCGGCUGUUUAUAGCGUUUGCACGUUUUGAGGAGGGGCAAAAGGAGCAUGAUCGGGCGCGCACCAUAUACAAGUAUGCGCUGGAUCAUCUGCCCAAGGAUCGGACGCCGGAUCUGUUCAAGGCCUACACCAUACACGAGAAGAAGUACGGCGAUCGGGCGGGCAUCGAGGAUGUGAUUGUGUCAAAGCGCAAGCAUCAAUACGAACAGGAGGUGGCCGCCAAUCCCACCAACUACGAUGCCUGGUUCGAUUACCUCCGCCUCAUCGAAUCCGAGGGUGAUCGCGACCAGAUACGCGAGACCUACGAGCGAGCGAUUGCGAAUGUGCCGCCGGCGAAUGAGAAGAACUAUUGGCGUCGCUACAUUUACAUGUGGAUCAACUAUGCGCUGUACGAGGAACUCGAGGCGGAGGACGUUGAGCGCACCAGGCAAAUCUACAAGACAUGCUUGGAGCUCUUGCCACACAAGCAGUUCACGUUCAGCAAACUGUGGCUGCUCUACGCUCAGUUCGAGCUCCGUUGCAAGCAACUGCAGGCGGCUCGCAAGGCGCUGGGCAUGGCGAUUGGCAUGUGUCCGCGGGAUAAACUCUUUCGCGGCUAUAUCGAUCUGGAGAUACAGCUGCGUGAGUUCGAACGCUGUCGCUUGCUGUACGAGAAGUUCUUGGAGUUUGGGCCGGAGAACUGUGUCACCUGGAUGAAGUUUGCCGAACUGGAGAAUCUGCUCGGCGACACGGAACGUGCUCGGGCCAUUUAUGAGCUGGCCGUGCAGCAGGUGCGUCUCGAUAUGCCCGAGCUGCUGUGGAAGGCGUACAUCGAUUUCGAGGUGGCACUGGGCGAAACCGAACUGGCGCGUCAGCUCUACGAACGUCUGCUGGAACGCACACAGCAUGUGAAGGUCUGGAUGUCGUUUGCUAAGUUCGAGAUGAGCAUCAGUCACGGCGGCGAUGAUCCGGAACUGAGUGCGAAGCUGGCUCGACGCAUUUACGAGCGUGCCAACGAGAUGAUGCGACAGCUGGGCGACAAGGAGUCGCGUGUCGUCCUGCUGGAGGCGUGGCGAGACUUUGAGCGAGACAUCAACGAUACGCACGCCUUGCAGAAGGUGCUCGAUAAGAUGCCGCGACGCAUUAAGCGCCGCCAGAAGAUUGUCUCCGAGGAUGGCGUCGAGGAGGGCUGGGAGGAGGUCUUUGAUUACAUCUUUCCAGAGGAUGAGAUGGCACGUCCAAAUCUCAAGCUGCUUGCCGCCGCAAAGAUGUGGAAGAAGAAAAAGGACAACGAGCCGGAGAAUGGUGACGAACAAGAGCCCAGCGGAGAACAACAAACAGCUGACACGGUUCAGUCGACGUCAUUACAGCCGCCUCCUAUUCCAACGUAGAAUUAAAACUCCAGCUCGUAUCCACAAAAUUAGAAUAAAGAAUUGCAAAAAAAUUAAA